AUUUAACUUAGUAUUUACCUAAAUAUAAAACUAAUUUAAAUUCUCUGAUAUUAUUAAUCAAAUAACUUGAAAGGGAAGAUAAAUAGUCUGAAUGAAGCACAUAUCUCUUAUCAACAAAUGAUAAAUCUAUGAUUUGUGACAUUAUUCAGUUAUGUAGUGGAAGUAAACAUAAAAUGUCGAAAUUGCCUACAAUAGUAUAUAAUGUUCUAAGGGAUCAUUGGUAUAAGUUAAAAUCAUAUUCCAGAGCAGGUGAUGGCGGCGGUGACACAAAUACAUUGGACAUGGGAAGCCGUUCCUCAUUGCAUACCGGUUUGCAAAUGUCAGAGGAUGAGCAUUGGGAGAUGAACUAUCAUGAGGCUGCUAUAUACUUAGAGGAAGGUCUAAACAAUGAGAAGUUCGAUUCGCACCCGUCAAGUCCGGAGGAGUUACCUGCGUAUCUACGCGUACAUAAUCCUUGGUACCACGGCUUAGAUCUCCUAGCAUCACUUGUUUUGAUCUUGCUCGCAUUUACGGAAGAUCCAGCUGUACCUGCUUUCGAGUUACCAGUAUGGGCCCACGGUACGAUAGAGCUGCUAGCCCUUUCAGUGAUCGGUAUCGAGUUGCAUCUCAAACUCAAAUGGAUCGGCUGGGGAACCAUUUUUAAGCAUAAACGUACUAUGAUUAAGGGUGUAACAUUGCUGAUAAUGCUAUUGGAGGCAGUUGUAGUUCUUUGCCGACAGUCCUCUCACUUCAGAGUGACGAGAGCAUUGCGUCCUAUCUUCUUGGUGGACACGAGACAUUGUGGUGGAGUAAGGCGAUUCAUAAGACAGAUAUUGCAAUCUUUGCCGCCUAUACUUGAUAUGUUAGGUCUUCUUAUGUUCUUCGUAGCCACGUACUCCCUACUAGGAUACUAUCUAUUCUCUGAGCACAUUGACAAUGGACAUUUUCGGACAUUAAGCGAUUCGUUCGUCAGUAUGUUCGUUCUUUUGACAACCGCCAAUUUUCCAGAUGUAAUGAUGCCCUCUUAUGCCAAAUCUAAGUGGUAUGCUGUCUUCUUCAUAUUGUACAUCAUCACAGUUCUAUACGUUCUGAUGAAUUUGAUGUUAGCCGUCGUAUACGAGACGUUCACUCGCAUAGAGCGUGAGAAGUGUCGUGCGUUGUUGCUCCACCGACGUGGGGCUGCGCGCCGUGCCUUUCGCCUUCUGGUGUCGCGACGAGCCCCACACGCUGUAAAGUUAAGGCAUUUCGCUGGGCUGAUAAGGCAUUAUGCGCCCCAUUAUAGUGGUUUAGACGUAUAUUUAAUGUUCAAACAACUGAAUCAAUCGACAACGGGCGGCCUCUCCCGGACUGAAUUUGCAAACGUAUACGAAGUAUUCGCGCUCCGUUGGGCGCCGCAAACAUCGCGGGCUCCUUGGUACGCCGACUCGCCCUUGGAGCCGCUAGGAAGAGCGGCCGCUGUCAUCGUGCAUAGGCCGUACUUCGAGUAUGUUAUAUAUGCUCUAAUAAUUGGAAAUGGUCUGGCCAUGGUCCUUCGAGUGUUGGAGGCAGCUGGCGAUCUGCAGGACAGCGCCCGGCUCCUUUGUGCCUCCUGGGACACCUGGCUAUUUCUUACCUUGUUUUUAAUAGAAGCAGCACUUCGGAUAAUGGCGUGUGGUCUUAGCGCGUAUUUAGAGAGCGGUUGGAAUGUGUUCGACUUGAGUGUGACACUGCUUGCGUUGAUGGGAGCUGUUCUACUUACGAUUGCCCCGAAGCUCUUCAUUGUCGUUAUGUUUAGACCACUUAGAUUAAUGCGCCUUUACAAAUUAAAGAAGAGAUAUAGGGACGUGUUCGGGACACUGGUGUUGCUAUCGCCGCUUAUGUCAUCAGCAGGUUGUGUGAUGCUAGUGAUGUACUAUUUCUUUGCUAUUAUCGGAAUGGAAUUAUUUGCUGGAUACAAUUUGAGGAAUUGUUGCAUAAACACGACUGUGGAAGACUUUUACAAAUACUCUGAGAACAGUUCAACACCACUGGGUUACUAUUACUUAAACAACUUCGAGAACAUUCUCACGAGUGGUGUGACAUUGUUCGAGUUGACAGUUGUCAAUAACUGGUUCAUUUUGAUGAAUGCGUUCGCGAGCGUCGCAGGCCAGCUCAGUCGGUUAUACUUUAUGGUAUUCUACCUAUUUACGAUGGUAGUGUUAACAAUAGUUGUUGCCAGCGUUUUGGAAGCAUUCCGGUUUAGGAUACAAUACAAACGUAGUACUACGAAGAGGGAUGAGGAGAAACUCCUUCACGAGGAAGUCCAUACAAGUUGGGAGGAAGCUCAACGACUCGGCGCAACGGGAGACCUUGCUGAACAGCUGAGGACGUAUUUACCACCUGGAAUUGACGUCACGUUUAUAGGAACACGACCUCGUACGAAAGAAGUUUUACAGAGGAGAAUGUACCAAACCGAAAUACAGAAGUGGCUCGCAGAGGAGGUUGAAAAUGAUGAACUGCAGCCAUCAACAACAGUAACGUCAAGCGAAGAUCCCCUUUCUCCGCCAUUGAUCCAGCAGCCUGAUGGAGACAACCAUCACAUACGAAGUGGUUAUCAGUUGUAGAACCUAAUAUUGUUGGCGCUCCUCCAACAUCUGGCCGAAUUGUGGAACGCCUUGAAGAAUAUUGAAGGGGCUUAGGAUUUGGUAAUUUGAAAUUUAGAGAAAUUUCAUGGAUCAUUUUUUCUUGUUUCCGAGCCAGUACGACUUUGGCGCCUUUAACGUGUACCAGAGGUAUUAGAACUGGCCGAGUUGGAGAAGGUAAAGAAAGAAAAGCUUAGAAACUGCUGUUAAUAUAUUGGUAUUAUGCACGUAAUGAAUUUAAAAUAUGUUGCUCUGCAAAAUAGAAACUAGCAGAAUAUAGCCAAAAUCAUAUAUAUAUAUAAGCGAUGUUAGAUAAAUUUAGCGUUUUAUCAGAUUAAAAAAACAAUACAUAGAUGUUACACCAGUAAAGCCACAACCAAAUACAACAAAACGUAUUGUUAAUAAAUGAGAACGUAUUUCACUUUUAAAUGCAACACUCACAAAAAUUGUGUAAAAUAAAUAUACAUAAAUCAUUUUAUGUAUAUAAUUACAAUUGUAUUUAUUUAUUUUAAAAAUGGGAGUGUUGCUUUUAUUCCUGGCAUCUAAAACACAGUAAGCCGUGUUGGCCUAGUGGCUUGAGCGUGCAAUUCUCAUCCCCGAGGCCGUACCAAUGGACUUUUUGUCCAUGUAUGCAUGUAACAAUCGCUGGUAUGGUGAAGAAAAACAUCGCAAAACCGGCAUGUUUGACUGCAUCAUACAGUAGGUGAUCAACCUAAUUGCCUAUUGAAAAAAAUCUAAUGCUGAAACGCAUGCCCAGGCCCAGACCUAAAACGUUGUAGCGAUUCUGUUUUUGUUAUCAUUAAACACAGUUACUGUACAAUGCAGUUAUCACUCAUUAAAACAAAAGCGGCUUCACACUUGCAUCCGCUCCAGGCUCUUAGGCUUUGAAUAAUAUUGCAUAAUUAGGUAUAACGCCAAUUCGAUGUUAGAGAAAUUUCAUUGUUAAACUGUACAAUGCUCGUGAAUUUUUUGAUUCGACAAUUAACCUAAUUUUAAUUUAGAGAAUGAUAAUGGUACAACAAUAACUAAAGUACUUUAUUUGUCGAAACGAUAAAUGUUUACACUUUUUACAGACCAAGCAUAUUGUGAUUAUAAUUUCAAAUAAUUGGUAUUAGUCUGUGAUAAAUUAUAUUUCUUGAUUUAAUUUGCACUUAAUGUGGCAGCUAAAAUGCGGGUAACAGAAACUUUUCACGCGUCAAUCGGAGGUAAAAAUUGUUGAGUAUUCUGAAAACAACUUUUUAUCUAAUUUAUAUUCGAUAACAUAAUGGUUAUAUAAAUCACAUUAUUUUUUUCAUAUAGAAUGUCUUUUGAAAUACUAGACUAUAAAUUAGAACUGUAGUAUAUGAAAUUUGCCUUCAUUAGAUGUAAGGAAGUCACAGGUAUAGGUAGCUAGGAAAGCUUUAUGAUAACCGCAUCUCGUAGGUUAUGCGUCUCCAUCCGUUAGUAAAGACGAAAUUUGGCGCCAAAUUAUUACGCUAUACAUUGCUCUUAGGAAACCAAUUUUAUUCUACCGUGACUGUGAGGUUGUAGUGAAAAUGAAAUAGCAUGAUGAUUUCUGUCAAUAUUUAGACGAAUAAAUCUUUUACGUAAUCAUACAAGUUUGUGUCCGCCAUGUUUUGCGAUAUGUUGUCCUGUGGUUAAUACGUUCCUCAUAUUGUGGGACAUUGCUUCAAAAGUAUGGGCCAGUUAAAGAUUAUCUUUUUAACAGAUUAUUUUAGAAAAAAAUUCAGUUCUAUCCCUGAUCCUCCACACAAACCAGGCUCAGCCCUUUUGAAUUAUUUAUGAUAAGAUAAAAUCUUAGUAUGUCUAACAACCUUUCUUAGGUUUAUAAGCCAAAAAGAUUUUUGUGUAAUUGUUUUAUUUUCGAUACUCGGUGAUAUUGUUUCGAAUCAUAAUUUUAUGUUUAAACGUUAACUGUAGAUCGUUAUUUUAUUUAUUUGUUAUUAAUAUCCCCAUGUACCAAUGUUACCGGUAUAAACUUUAUCAGCAUUAUCCAUUUCGAAUAUACAGUACAAUAUUAUGUACCUAUUAGAUAAGUAAGUUUUUUUUACUGCUAUUGUAACAGUGGUAAUCAUUAAAUUAAUAACAAGAACAAUGGAUGAUUAAUAUUCAGAUUUAGUUAAUAAUUUUAGUUAUCCGCCAUAUUUAAUAAUAAUACGAUUUUUAUUAAUUAUUGUUUUAGACUGCUAAAUACAAGAUUGUCGUUUGAGAUUUGUUUUUAGUAUGGGCUUAGUAAU